AUGGGGCAGCAGCCACUGGCUCUCUCUGUCCCUGGGAAGCUGCUGAGACUCUGGGUCAAGAGCCCUGGUCAGGAAGAAGCCCCUGAGAGGGACACGGAGCGCUGGGAACCAAGGACACUCCAAGUGCUGACCCUGGGAGGCCAGAACCAGGGCAGAAGUCUCCUGGGUGUGCGGAGUGUCAUUCGGCAGUUCCAGGAGGCCCACUGCCAGGAGGCCACCACGGUCCUUGGCUGGCUACUGCUCCUGGUGAUGGCUCUGCCCCUGGUCACGACAGGAGCCAUGGACUGUAUCUUCUGUGAGCUGACCGACUCCUCCAACUACCCUGGCAUCCACAUGACGUGUGGCGAUGACGAGGAGUGCUUCAUGGGCAAAGGGAUGGCCCCAGGCCUCGGCCCCAUCAUCAACAAAGGCACCAUGGACAUCAGUUCAUAUGGUCUCCUUGAAGAGCCUGUCACCUACCAGGGCAUCACCUACAGCCUCACCUUUACCUGCCAUUAUGGCGAACUGUGUAACAGGGCCCCCACCCCCGCAGGCAGCCUGAAGGCAGGGGCCACCUGCCUGGCACUGGGCGUGCUGCUGCUGCUGAUUCAUUGA